UCAAAGUACAAUGUAUCAAAACAUACAUAUUUUUUAUUCCGUCUUGAAAAAUGUCAUUCAUUGUGAAAACGUGAAGUGCGAGUGCUACACGUUGAAAGAGAUAUUGUUAUAACGGUGGUAAAUAAUUUACCUGAUAGUCAGAAUGAGAUUCUUACUGUUCUUGGUGUGUAUACUUACAGCUGUUUUCGCUGUUCCAUAUUUACAAGAGCCUGAAAAUUCUGUAUCGGAAGACCCACUCGUGGAUAUAAUAAACAAACCCUAAACGCUAUCAUCCAAAAGAUCGGCGAUCCACUCACACCAAACGAUAUCCACCUCGAAUUCAAUCACGAUGGAAUCUUAACUGGAUUCCUCAACAGUUCCGCAAUACUAAUAAACGGUUUGAAAAGGACGUAUGCCUCGGUAAUAAAAGUUGAAGAAGGCUAUGAUAUGGCUGACAUCACCCUAAAUGUGCCUGAUUUGAUAGGAAAUUUCAUGUAUGCAAUUGAUGCACUUGCUUUAGAUUUGGUGCCACUUUAUGGCUCAGGAAACAUGAAUGUGAUCAUCCGAAACCUUAUUAUUGAUAUGAGAGUGCCUACAUCUUUGGAUGAUCUUAAGAAUGCCACUAUUCUGUUCCAUGUCGGCAGUUCAGUGUUUAAUACUCAAGGCAUCCUGAACAACCCAGAGUUCUCAGCUCUCCUCAACACAGCUCUGAAUGACAACUUCGCCAUUUUCGUCAACCACAACAACAAGGUCAUCUCCAAAAUGAUCGUCUACAUAAUCGAAAAAAUAUACGGAGAUUUGACUACUGAUGACGGUUAUAUUACAUUGGAUACAAAGGCUUUCAAAUUUUAAUGCACAAAAUUAAUGUGUACUAUGUAGACAGUGACUGUUAAAAUAUAGUGUUAGAGUAGGUAUUGACUCUUCUUCUUUCCACAUGAAUACCGGUGGCCCACAUGGUUACAUCUACGCAUUGAUUACUCCAAAGGGGUGGUCCUCAGAGAUCGGCUUGAGAACCGGUACUAUUUCUGACCUAGAAACAGCUUAAUUUAUUGCUCGAUGAGGCUGUCUAAGACAAUCAUUAUGAAAUUGGCACUAGAGAAUAAUCCUAUAAUUCGAAAUCGGUGAGGGUUAAGACGUUACC